CUUUUGUUAUUUGUUUGGUGCAUUUUCUCAAAUUCGGUUCAGCUCGGAAUACAUUUACAUUUAUUUGCCCACGAGAUUUGCGUUGCUUAUCUGAGAACGCGGUGUUUGGCAAUGAGAGGUAGAAUUCGUAUUCGCAGUCUAUAUAACACAGUCAAAGCCGAAAGUUGAAUUCCUUUUUGUCGACCUUCCUUCUUCCGCUGUGUCCAAUCAGAUACUCUCUCUUCCUCUUCCUCUUCCUCUUCCUCUUCUUGUAGUUAUAUGAUCUCCUUAGGUUUUGUCAUUUGAAAUCGUUCUUUGUCUCUUUCUCUCACUUUCUCUCUCUAUCUAAUUCUCUCUGUGACUAAGAAUGCAAGUUUUCUUUGACUGCCCGUUUUUGCUCCGUAGUUGCUGAAUUUGACAAACGGGAGGUGAUUUCUGUUACUUAGGGUUUCUUGUUUGGUUGCUGGGAAUUUAUGGAAGAAAGCGUCGAGUCUUGUGGUUUCGUUGACUCCGUUGAUCAGAGCACAGCUCGGCCGAGCUGUUUUAUUAGUCUCAACUGACUGAAUUUGUUUCUUUUCAUUUUUCUAGAAACAAUUUGAAUUUUGCAAUUGAAUGGUAUGUUACGCAUAGAAAAUUUGAAGAUUCGUUGAAUUCGUACGAUUUUGGGAGAGAACAAUGGGGGGAGUGUGCCCCGGCGGGAUGGCGAAGCGUAAUGCGAAAGUUGAAGCGAAGCUCAAGACGAUAAAUAGCUUUAGCAAUCAGAAAGGGGAUUGCAAUUCGGAUUCUGAUGCAGUUGAUUUCAGCAAAGCGACACGAAAAUACGAUUUGACUGCGAAGUCAGUGUCGUUUUCCUUCGACUCCAAGCCGUCGACGCCGAAUCGGUCGAAAUCACCAACACCGACUCGGUCGAAGCCGUCGACGCCCACUACGAAAGGCAACAUUAUCCAGAAGAGCCCAGGAAGAGCUGGCGAGAGGGCAGCAGAUGUUCUGGACAAUAUUCGAAAUCGCCUGUUAAAAUGGAAUCCCAAUAAUGGCUUGGCUCCGAGGGGGAAUAGAAUAUCCAUAUUGGCAUUUGAAGUAGCCAAUACAAUAGCCAGAGCUGCUAACUUGUUGCAAUCUCUUUCUGAAGAAAAUAUCCAGGCCCUGAAAAAAGAGAUUUUACAUCCAGGAGUACAACAACUAGUUUCCACAGAUAUUAAGGAGUUGCUAAGUUUUGCUGCUGCUGACAAAAGGCAGGAGUUCGAAGUUUUCUUGGGGGAAGUGAUUAGAUUUGGAAAUCUAUGUAAAGACCAACGGUGGCACAAUCUGGGUCGGAGCUUUGAUAGAUUGGAUUCUGAUGAUCCAAGCUACAAACAACUUAAAGUACACACAGAAACGACCAUCCAGGAGUUGACCAAUCUGGCUCAGCGCACUUCUGAAUUAUACCUUGAGCUGAAUGCUUUCGAGAGAUUUGAACAAGAUUAUCAGCGAAAGCUUGAGGAAAUGGAGUCCUUAAAUCUCCCUCGAGGAGGAGAGAGUCUCACAAAUUUUCACAGUGAGCUAGAAGAGCAAGGAAAGCUUGUAAGGCGUCUGAAAAAGAAAUCUCUUUGGUCUAGAAAUUUGGAAGAGAUUGUGAAGAAGCUCGUGGAUGUUGUUGCCAUUAUACAUCAAGCUAUUUGGGAAGCCUUUGGAAAUAGCGGUACCACAUUGGUUAACGAGGAGCCUAGUAAGGGUCCUGAAAGACUUGGGGAAGCUGGACUUGCAUUACACUAUGCCAACAUAAUCAGCCAGAUAAAUAUCAUUGCAUCUCGCCCGACCUCUCUUCCUCCAAAUCUGAGAGACCAAUUAUAUCGAGCAUUGCCAGACAGUGUUAAGGUGGCUCUGCGUUCCCAAAUGCAGACUGUUGAUACCAAGGAACAGCUCUCAAUUUUUCAGGUCAAAGCUGAAAUGGAAAAGAUUCUUAAGUGGCUUGUUCCAGCUGCCACAAAUACAAUUAGAGCACAUCAAGGUUUUGGAUGGGUUGGAGAAUGGGCAAAGGCUAGUAAUGAGUUCGGCAAGAGUUCAACCACAACCAAUAACCUGACCCGCCUCCAGACACUGUAUUAUGCAGAUAAGGAGAAAACAGACCUAUACAUCCUCAAAUUGGUGACCUUUCUUCACCGUGUGAUCAGCUUAAUAAGACGUAGAGAUCAUGGUUUCAGGCCUCUGCCUUUACAAUGUCCAACUCGUAAGGCACUCGAGUUUCACUCCAAGAUGCAACAUUUUGUAUCCAUGAACUGUAGUUCUAAAACCCAUGGUAUUCAACUUUCUCAGGAAGAUAGAAAUUUGUUAGAUGAGGUGAUUGGAAGCUUAAGGGUCCCUGGAAUCAGCAAAAGCCAGGAAUUCGCUAUGGCCGGCAAGAGUGGGACCAGAGUUUGGCCUUUGAGCAGGAGCACUGGGAGUUCCCCAACUAGAAAGUUCGGUGCAAAACAAGACUUGAAGACUGAUGUUUUGGAUAUCAUGGACGGGCCAGAAUUUAUAAUUAGCUCGGCUUCUUGAUCGAUAUCCCAUUUCGGGCAUUUUUCUUCAGUCCCAAAAUCCUAUUUUCAUUUCUCUCCCCUCUCUUCAUUCCAUUGUAUUUUUUGGUUAAAUUCUCAUUUUUAUCAUGUAAUUAUCCCUAUUUAUGGUGGUUAGAUGCCAAGUAUAUAAUAUGAUAAGUAUAUUGUAAUUUUUUCUUCUAGCCUCUUAAAUUUGGAUACCCAGAGGCAGAGGAGUAGCCCAGUUGUAUAAGAGGUGGAGGGCAUGCUCACAAUUCAGCUUCAAAAUCCAGUAUUACUGAUAAACUCUGGCAAUAUCUGUCGUUAAAAUUGUGAAUAUUUAAAGAAUCAUAUGGUUUUCACUA